AUGGCGCUCAUACCUAGGUCGCGUUGUAGUCGUCGUCGUUGUCGUUGUCGUUCCCACGGCAAGCACAAGCGACAUCCAAGGCGGAUUGACAUCCCCAAGAUGACCGGCUCAGCUCGAAAGAAUGAUCUGCCGGUUUGCUUCCAUCGCUUUACUGCGCUACCCGAACAUUGCAGCGCCAACAUCGAGCCUCAUCACUUUGACGAAGAUAUCGACGACAGCGACGACGAAUCCAAUGACUGCGAUUGUACCAACGCGGACGAAUGCGGAUGCUACGGCGAGGGAAAAGAUACAUCCGACGCGGGAGACGAUGCGUCGGAAACGUCGUACGACGGCCCGGACGCGGGCUGGUACUACCUACUCGAAGCGUGCCGGGAGGACCGGAAGGAGGAGCGGUGGUAUUUGAGACGCAUAAGAGAGGACGAGAGCCGCAAGGAAGAAGAGGUUCGCGCACCGUACGAAGCUCUGGAGAAGGCGGAGAAAGAAGGCCGCCAUACACCAUCUAUGCGUAGCCUCGCCGACACGUUGUUUCGACUUCGACUUCACUCUACCCAGUACCUCGACCUGUUUACGCCCGGAUGA